CAUUUCAAUGGAUGAGCCGCUUCUCUCCAAGAAUACAGUAGCAGAAGAACCCAAGCAGCCAUUACCAGAAAGUAGAGCGUCCCCCAGUUAUGCUGACAUCAGGCCACCAUCACAACAAUCUAACAACCACCUUGUCAACACCGACUCCUUUAUUUUCCCAGCACCAAGAACCAAAUCUUCAUUGGCAAACCUUUUAGCUAAUCUGAACGAGAAGAAAAAAAUCACCAGGAGGUCAAAUUCUGCGCCUUCCAUUUUAACAGAUGUGAAGGAAGGAAUCCACGAUUCUUUAGACCCAAGACCUGCCAUAAAAUCAGUACCUUCAAUUGUCAAGCAAGCCUCCUGUGGAUUAGUUGUGUAUAUAGUAAUUGGCAUCACAAUUUACCUGCUGACAUGGAGAAGUUUCAAGGGUAAACAAACCUGGAAGCCAAUAGAUGCUUUAUACUUCAACGUGGUCACACUAUGUACCAUUGGAUAUGGUGACAUAGUUCCAGACACAACAUUUACCAAACUGUACACAUGUGCCCUUAUUUUAGUUGGUUUUGGAUUCAUAGACAUAUUGCUGCAUGGACUAGUUACCUAUGUUCUUGAUAGGCAGGAGGAAGUACUGUUAAGCACCGUUGAUGAGAACCGAUUAAAUGCAGUGUUUAGAGCAUACAUGAUAGAUACCGCAAAGGGCAGAAUGAGGAUACGUAUCAAAGUGGGACUGGCUUUGGCAGUUGUAGUUGGUUGUAUAGCCAUUGGAACAGUCAUGGUGCAUAAAUUAGAAGAACAAAAUUGGAUUGACAGCUUUUAUUUAUCUGUAACAUCUGUGACUACAGUAGGAUAUGGGGAUUAUGCCUUCUCAACGCUUCAGGGAAGAUGCUUUGCCAUAAUCUGGCUAUUGGUGAGCACUCUGGCUGUUGCAAGGGCCUUUCUGUAUCUAACUGAGCUCAGGAUUGACAGAAGAAAUCGCAAGAUAGCUAAAUGGGUUCUUCAAAAGAAGAUGACUCCAGGGGAUCUAGUUGCUGCAGAUCUUGAUCACAAUGGUUCUAUCAGUAAAUCUGAAUAUGUCAUCUACAAGCUGAAGGAAAUGGGAAAAAUAGCAGAGAAAGACAUCCAGCAAAUAUGCAACCAAUUUGACAUGUUAGACAGCAACCACUGCGGCAAACUUACCAUUACCGAUAUCAUGGGAAGUGACAGUAAUUGAUACCCCUCUAGGCAGGAUCUAUGCGUGCAGCAGACAGUGGUACCAUCCCCAUCUUUAACCUUAAAGCUGGGACCUAAAAUCCAACUGUAUGAAGGCAAAUGGGCAUAAGAGGCGGUAAAACAUAAACCUUUGAACAUUUUACCCAAGAUGUAGAUAAGUACCUAGAUGAUUCCUACUGGAAGCUUUCAAGUCAAAUAUAGUUCCAAGGUUACUGCAGCUGGAAAAUUCUAUCUACAAGCUGAAGCAUGAUUACCUCCACUUGCUAAUGGAGGAAUUCACAUUUGUACACUGAUGUUUGUGACUAUUCAUCCAAAAAGCACAUCAAAAGAUUCUUGUCCCAAGAUGCAA